AACAGAGUUCCAGACUGCAGCAUGCUGUCUGCGGGACGGGGACUGCAGCUGGGGCGAGCCCAUGGGGGCACCCACACACUCCCCUGUACCGGCACCCGUAUCCCUGGGAAGGAGGGCUGGCUCCUCUUCGUCUCCCUUUUCAUCCUCAUCUCGCUGCCCCAAGGGACAGCCUGGCCCUACGACUACAGGUAUUUGUACAAUCACUGCCCCGGCCCAGAGUGGAAUGUGAUGUGCAGGGGCUGCUGCGAGUAUGAUGUCAUCCGCUGUAAAUGCCCGCUCCAGGGCACUCCUGUGGGCUACGCCGUGCCCUGCUGCCGCAAUGCCAUCAACGAGUGUGACCCCUGCAUUAUCCAUCCAGGCUGCAGUAUAUUUGAAAACUGUAAGCGCUGCAACAACGGGACAUGGGGCCCCAGGGAUGACUUCUUCAUCAAUGGCAAAUAUUGCGCUGAGUGUCGGCCCGGCUGGUCUGGUGGAGACUGCAUGAAGUGUGGAGGGGUGAUUCGUAAACGGCAGGGUCACUUGGUGUUGGAGAGUUACCCCACCAAUGCCCGGUGUGAGUGGACCAUACAGGUGGACCGCCCCUUUACCAUAGACUUCAGGUUCAUGAUGCUGAGCCUGGAAUUUGAUCACUCUUGUCGCUAUGACUACGUGGAAGUCCGCGAUGGCGACAGCAUCAACUCACGUGUUAUUGGCCGCUUCUGUGGAAACAACCGACCAGCCCCAAUUCAGAGCACGGGGAACACCCUGCACGUUCUCUUUGUGUCUGAUGGUUACAAGAACUUUGACGGUUUCUUUGCCACUUUCCAGGAGAGCUCAGCAUGCAGCUCCUCUCCUUGCCUGCAUGAUGGGACCUGUAUCUUGGAUACCUCUUACACCUAUCACUGUGCCUGUCUGGCUGGCUAUACAGGCAAGAGGUGUGAAAACGUGGUGGGAUGCCGCAGGCCUCCAGUGCCCACCCAUGGCUCCACCAAGGGUCUGUUUCAUGACUCAGGGGCACGCAUCACUUUCCACUGUGACCUUGGGUUUCAGCUGCGGGGGUUUCGCACUGCCGUCUGCCUGAAAGAUGGCACUUGGAGUGCUCCAGCCCCAAAGUGUGUGCCAAUGGAGAGGUUCUGUGCCCUCCCACCCAAGCCAGCACAUGGGGACCACUUCUUGGUUUACGGCCCCAAUGAUGUCCUCAUUGCUCUGCAGUACCUGUGUUACUGGCCCUAUAAACUCAGUGGGAGCUCCCAGAGAGCCUGUCUCGCCAACAACACCUGGAGUGGGACUCCUCCAACCUGCACCAAAGUGAAUAACACACUUGAUGCAGCAGAGAAGGACAAGGACAAGGCAAAAGAGACAGAAAGCGGCAAAGAAGCUGAUACAGACAGUGACAAAGAUAUCAGCAAAAGCAAAGAUAAAAGCCAAGAGAAAACAACAGGCGAAAAAGAAAGUGUGGGUGGGGAAGAUAUAGAGGCUGGGCACAAGAAUACAACAGUAGUAGGCAGCAAAGAUAAAUAUAAUGAUACUAUCUGGGACAAAACUCUGGUUGAGGGUAAGGAUAAAACAAGCAUAGAGGAAAAAAGCACUGGGUCAGAAAAACCCACUGGAGGUAGCAAAGAUAAAGUGGAUAGAAAAGACACAGACAACAGCCUAAAUACGGUUGAGAAGAAAGACACCGAGGUAGUAAAGCCACUCGAGGGAACAGCAGAAAAAGAUGACAGGCCAGACACAAAGAUAGGCAAUGAGGAAACUCGAGAAAUAGGAAAGACAACAGAUAUCACAGAAAUAGUUGUGAUAAAAGACAAGGGACAAGAAGAGAAAGAGCGAAAGGAGGAGCAGGUGGAUAAAGAAAGAGAUCCAGACAAAGUUGGCCCAAAUGACACCAAGCUGAGGACAGUCACGUCCGAGCAAGAGAACACGCUGCAGAUAUUUGAAGUGAAAACGACAGAGAACAACACAGCUACAUUUGAUAACAAUGACAUCGAGAGGGAAAAUAAUACAGUGGUGUCGCCGGAGCUGCCGAAGGAAACCGUUCCCACCAGAGGAAACAUCACACAGUAUACCUUGUACAGAGCAGGGGGUGGGGAAGAUGGGAAGCCAGUGGAAAAAACAAAUAUUCAAGAUGUAUUUGAAAGCAAACAGGGGGAAAAAGAAGAAGACAAGGUGGGAGAGGAUUCUGCUGAAAAAGCAAAAGAGGAGGAAGAAACCGAAAAGGAGAAAGAAGUCAACCAAAGUAUUAUCGAGAAGAGCUGCCCCCCUCUCCCUCGCCUCUACCAUGGCUAUCACCAGCUGUUGCCUGGGGUGGAGCCUGAGACAGUGGAGUUUAUCUGCAACCACUCCUAUGCCCUCAGUGGUGAUGCCCGCCGUAUGUGCCAGCCAGAUGGCACCUGGAGUGGCAAACAACCCCUGUGUGUGAGAGCAUGUCGGGAACCCAAAGUGUCAGAGCUAGUUAGACAGAGAGUCCUGCCUCCACAGGCUCCACCCAGGAAGACCCCAGUGCACAAGUUUUACUCUUCUAUGCUGGGCCAACAGAUCCAGCCUGGCGGUCCAACUAAAGCCCCCCCAGUGCUUUCCCAGCUGCCUCAGGGCUUCCACCACCUCUACACACACAUCGAGUAUGAGUGUGCGUCUCCAUAUUACCAUCACUCUGGCAGUGCUCGCCGAACAUGUUUGAAGACUGGGAAAUGGAGCGGGCGUCAUGUCUCCUGUUCACCUGUGUGUGGGAAGCAUCCGACCUUUGACCCAGAGAGGCCGGGAGAGGCUCACUGGCCUUGGCUGGCAGCCAUCUACCGCCGUUCCACCAAUGGAGCUGGGACCAUGGUGACCAAGGCAGACAGCCAGAAACAGUCCCUGAAGAAAGGUGGUGGAGCGGGAACUGGCAUCCAUGAUCAGGCCUCGGACUGGCAGCUGGUGUGCAGUGGGGCUCUGGUGAACCAGAGGAGUGUAGUGGUAGCUGCCCACUGUGUGACAGAGCUGGGAAAGGUGUACCCUCUGGAUGCAGCUAAGAUCAAGGUGGUGGUGGGGAAGAAGUACCGUGAUGACCACAGAGAAUCCAAAGGCCUUCAGCACCUCAGGGUGGCCUCCAUUGCAGUUCACCACAACUACGACCCCUUGAUUCUUGACUCAGACCUGGCCGUGAUCAAGCUGCUGGACAAAGCACGGAUUGGGGAUCGAGUCCUGCCCCUCUGCCUCUCUGGCUCUCAGGGAAGAGAGGUGAAAACUAAGCAAGGGUUUGUUACGGGCUGGUCCCCUCUACCUGACCCAAGUUUAGGUGCUGAUGAGCAGGCAAGGGUUGGGGUUGUGCAACUUGCUGACGUGGUGCCAUGCGAGCAGCAGUAUGCUCGAAAUGGCGUGCCGGUCAGUGUUACGGACAACAUGCUUUGUGCCAGCCAGAAGCCUGACUACGGUCCAUCUAACAUCUGUCCUUCUGACACAGGGGGUAUCCUUAUCCUCCCUCCCUUGGCCACAGAUCAAGCCAGUAACAACCAGAACCCCUCUUUCAGCCCUGUUGAGGGUGAAAGCACAGGGCUGUGGAGACUCCUGGGACUAGUGAGCUUUGGCUAUGAUCAGGGAGAGUGUGAUCCUGACCUCUACACAGUAUACACACAUGUUGCCAACUUCAAAGACUGGAUAGAGAGCAACAUGAAAUAGAGACCUACUGUCUGACUCACCCUGUGUUCCUCCUCUGCUUCUAAAAUAUGUUAUUUCCAUCACACCUUACUGUCCUGUUUUCUUACCUCUGAAAAUCUUUCAAUCUUUACUCUGUUUAUCCUCUCGUCUCUUUCUCUCCCCCCUCCUCCCAUCUUUCUCUGCUGUACAAAAGAAGUUUUCUUACAAAAAGCAGAAGCAACACUGGACAGCACAGUACUCUAACUGAAGGUGGGUGCUAACACAAUAGGUGUGUUGAACAUCGAUCUCUUAUCAGGUGACUUCAGUGGUUCAGGUCUUUAAACCUGGGGUUACAGACUUGAAAAUGACCAGAGAACUAUCAAAACCCAUCUUCCUUUGGGUGAUGAUGGUUUGCAUUGUACUCAUUGGUAUGUAUAUAUGAUGUAAUGUACUGAUUUAUUAUCUAUUCAUAUAAGAGAUGUACAUAUUGUAUUGAAUGACAGAAUGUUUUUAAUUAAAGAAA